AUGUUUGAGCGUUUAAAACAGUAUAAGGAUGACCAGAUUCCUGCAUUUGGUCAAAAGACCAAUGAAACACCCUCCGGUCUGGGUAUUUCCGGGUUCUCUAAAAGUAGCGUUGACCCGGAAUACCAUUUCCGUCGGCCCGGAGCUGCCGGUCAGUGGGAACAAUCGAUCCCUUUGGAUAAAAUCGAAAUCCCCGAAAAGGAAUCUUCAUCCCAACGAUCUCCUAAAAAAGUUACUCCAAUUAAACUGCCAGUUGUGACACUUGAGGAAAUUAGGGGCGCGCCUAACACAAAUUCUGCCGACUUAGACUUGGCAAAAAAGAGAGAAAAGGUGAAAGAGAUGACAAAACAUGCGUGGAAGAAUUACGUCAAAUACGCCUGGGGUCACAAUGAACUUAAGCCACUGUCCCUGACGUACCACGACUCGGACAUAUUCGGUCGUGUUCCCUUGGGUGCUACUAUCGUGGAUUCGAUCGACACCCUGUACAUCAUGGGAUUGGAAGAAGAAUACAAGCAAGCCGCUAACUGGAUCCGCGACAAGCUCGAUUUCUCCAACGCGGUAAGCCUUGUUGUCUGCAGAUAA